AUGAGUUUGCUUCAAAGGUGGGUUGCUGUUGGUUUGGUGUGGUUUGGUAGUGGCCUGGAGCAGCUGAGAGCGAAUUGGUUGUUUGUAUUCUCUGAUCAAGAUCCACUCCAGAGAAAUGGUCGACGGUAUGAUGGCAGUGUGAAGCCCAAAAUUAAUUUACAACAAGUAGCAAUAACACAGAUUGGCAAUUACAAUGUAAGCACUAAAGAGAAUUUGGAGAAAGAAUCUUUGUUUCACAGUCACUACAGUCCACUGAAUGUCACUGUUAAUGGAAGCCCCUGCAUUCUAUUCUGGGCCAGAAGGAUCAUGAUUAAGUUUCAGAACCACACUCAGCUGGAUCUAACAGACAAAACAUUUGGUGUUCACGCAUCGGUGGAUGUUGCUGAUUCAAAUUGCAGUGAAGAAAAUGCAAUGCUUUCACUUAAUUUUGGUGACAUUGACAAUUUGAAAGGAUUUGUUAUCAGAUUCAUUCUGACAAACAGUUACUACAAGCUCUCCAUUCAAAAUUGGUUUACCUUACACAGAAUCCAGCUUAUUUACAAUCAAUCUGUACAAGCAACAUUCAAUGCAACACGAAUACAUGCACCAGCAAUCUAUUCUUAUCACUGUGAACAUGUUAGCAACUUGCAGAGAUAUGAUGCACUAUUAACACCCAGCUCUGCAAAUGAUGAAGCCAAGCACUGGGAAGUUACUUUUAUUGACUUUCAGAUUCAAGGAUUUAACAUUGAAGAUGGACAGUUUGCUUAUGCAAAAGAUUGUGCUUCCCUCUUCCCACCAGCCAUUCUAAUGGGUCUAGUGAUGUCUCUGAUACUGCUUCUUGUUUUAGCUUAUGCUCUUCACAUGUUGAUGCACUUAAAAUCCAUUGACAGACAUUAUGAAUGCAAAGCAUCUUCUGCUUAUUAUCCACAGAUGAAAGAUAUUGAUACAGCAGAUGAAAAAGAGCCCCUGAGAAUCGAUGGGCAUGAAACCUAUGAACUUAGAAGCCAACAAUAUUCUAAAAUCUAUAUCUAA